CGCUGCAGAUGCGGACAGUAACCAACCUCUCAGAAACAUGAACCCCGACUGGAGUGAACAAGACUGCCGCAGGAACGGGAACCAGGGACUAUUACAAGAUCCCACAGAGAGCCGUGCUAUACCUAUCCCUGAAGCACAGGAGGGGUCAAGGAUAGAAGCAGUUUACACACAAGAGGAGUCCUUUCACCAGGAGUGGUGUGCGAGUCUAAAGCAGGUUGCAGAGCUGACAUUUGCUAAACAGGAAGAGGUCCCUGAAGUUGAAUGUGUUAUUAUUAAAGAAGAAUUCGUAGAACAGGACUGUGUCCGUAUCACAGAGGAUGUUUCUAUUGAAAAUAACCUCUGUACAGUUGGAGAGAACACCAAGCUGGGAUCCAGCCUGUGUGACGAUAGUCCUUCUGAAUGUGAACUGGGGUUUAGAGCUGCUAAAGAAAGGGCUCAAUUUUCCUGUGCUGAUUGUGGGAAGCUUUUCAGUCGUUUAUCACGGCUUAAACUCCACCAGCGCAUUCACACGGGAGAGAAACCCCAUCACUGUACUGAGUGUAGGAAGAGAUUCACUCGUUUAUCAGACCUUAAAAGACACCAACGAAUUCACACAGGAGAGAAACCAUACCACUGUAGUGAAUGUGGGAGGAGUUUCACUCGAACAGAUAAACUUAAAACACACCAACUAAAUCACACAGGAGAGAAACCCUGAAUGCUGAGGUUUAACUUGGUGGCAAAAUCUCGCAAGACAAGAACCCUGUCACAGUAAUUUAUUCCAGCAGUUGUCUUUUGCAUAACUCCAAAAAUGCUAUUUCAGAAAAUAGUCAUACCCUUUGAUGCUAUGAUAGUAUUGUCUUCAAGGUGCUAGAAAUUUUAACCUAAUUCUGGAAAAUUGUGUGUAGGGGAACCUUCUUGGAGAGUAUAAAAGGGUUAGGCAUUGCUGUCAUUAUCAGUAAGUCAAUAUGGGAAUACACAGACAAAU